GGCGGGGUUAGGAGCUGGAGUCCCCGACCAGAGGCAAGCUGCAGUCGAGCGUCUCUCCGAGGCUCCGCUCCCCGGGAGCGGAGCGCAGCCGAGCCUGCAGACUGGCGAGGGGCAUGGACAAGAGCGGCGGCAAAGAUGGGCCCUCCUUGUCGAACCACCUCGUGGUGGUAGUCGGCGGCGGCAUCGCGGGGCUCGGGGCGGCGCAGCGGCUCUGCCGGCACCCGGGCUUCCGGAACCUGCGGCUCCUGGAGGCCACUGACCGCUGCGGGGGUCGCAUCCGCUCGCAGCCCGCCUUCGGUGGUGUGAUUGAGAUCGGGGCACACUGGAUCCACGGGCCCUCCAAGAACAACCCCGUCUUCCAGCUGGCUUUAGAGUAUGGCCUGCUGGGGGAGAAAGAGAUGUCGGAGGAAAAUCAGCUGAUUGAGGUUGGGGGCCACCCUGGUCUGCCCUCUCUGUCCCUCUCCAGCUCUGGCAAAAGCGUGAAUCUCAAGCUGGUAGAAGACAUGUCUAAUCUGUUUUAUACUCUGUUAGACCAAACUCGAGAGUUCCUCCACGUGGCAGAGACCCCUGUCCCCAGCGUGGGCGAGUACCUGAAGAAGGAGAUUUCUCGGCACAUGUUUGAUUGGACAGAGGAUGAAGCAACCAAGCAGCUCAAACUGUCCGUCCUGAAAACCUUCUUUAACCUAGAGUGCUGUGUGAGUGGGAGCCACAGUAUGGAUCUGGUGGCCCUCGGAUCAUUUGGGGAAUACGCCACCCUGCCAGGGCUGGAUUGCACCUUUUCUGAGGGGUAUGACGGUCUUACAAACUGCAUGAUGACUUCUUUGCCGAAAAAUGUUAUACUGUUUAACAAACCAGUAAAGACCAUUCACUGGAAUAACUCCUACAAACAUGAAAAUUUUCCAGGAGAGACAUUUCCAGUACUGCUAGAAUGUGAAGAAGGAGAGAAGUUCCCAGCUCAUCAUGUUAUAGUCACUAUACCCUUAGGUGUUCUCAAAGAGCAAAUGGAAAUCUUAUUCAACCCACCACUUCCCAGUAGGAAAGCAGAAGUGAUCAACAGCAUGGGCUUUGGAACCAACAAUAAGAUAUUCCUGGAGUUUGAAGAACCUUUCUGGGAAGUAGACUGCCAGCAAAUCCAGGUGGUGUGGGAGGACGCAUCACCCUUUGUGGAUUUUGAAGAUGAGCUGAAGGACAUAUGGUUCAAAAAGCUCAUUGGAUUUUUAGUCCUGCCUCCCUUGGAAUCCACAUAUGUUCUCUGUGGGUUCAUUGCUGGACUUGAAUCAGAAUUUAUGGAAACCCUUUCUGAUGAGGAAGUGCUUUCAUCUCUAACUCAAGUCUUAAGGAGAGUAACAGGAAAUCCACAGCUCCCCGGGCCUAGGAGUGUGCUCAGAUCCAGAUGGCACAGUGCCCCCUACACCAGAGGCUCUUACAGCUAUGUUGCAGUUGGCAGCUCUGGAGAAGACAUUGAUACACUUGCCCAACCCCUUCCUACAGACUCCUCAAGCCCCCAGUUACAGAUCCUUUUUGCUGGAGAAGCCACUCAUCGGACGUAUUACUCUACCACCCAUGGGGCUCUGCUGUCUGGGUGGAGGGAGGCAGAUCGUCUCAUCAGCCUGUAUGACUUAGAGUGCCAGCAGAAAUUCAAGCCCUGAGCCCUUCCUUCUUGCUGCAGCUUUAUUCUAAAUGCUGUUCCUCUCCGAUGGCUUAAUGAUUGUUUAGUUAUUAGCCACUGUAUCCUUCAACAAAUAAUUUUAAAUCCAGCUCAGGCUUUCUUUGGGAAUGUCAGUCAUUCUCCAAUUUUUUUUUUAAAUUGUUAGUUGGUAAAUUUAAUUUCUUAAAGCUAUUGCUAUGCUCAGACUCCUCCCCAAAGUGACCAUCAGUCCCCUGCCUGAGCAACAAGACCUAAGUGUUCCUGGUGAUUCUGAAUACGUGUAUGAUGAGCAGUAUUGUACUAAAAUAAAAGUAUUUUAAAAACA